GCGUGAUAGAAUAAAUGUGAAGUGUCCCGGCAUUGCUGCAGGGCACCCAAAUUGUCGAUGCAUGUGUCAGCAGUCCCGGGGGCCUACCCCCAGAUUGGCGGCCAACCGAUGAUGCCGCAAAUGCGCGCUCCAAUGCCACAAGGCUUUGCUGGUGGUGUUGCAGCUGCUCCAGGGAUGAAUUCAAUGCAGGGGCAUGCGCCACCAGCGCAGCCCCAAAUGGCACCGCAACCUCAGCUCGGCCAAAUGCGCCCGGGAACGGGCAGCAUGCAGCUUGGGCAUCGCCCUUCAGGCUCCAGUCUUGGCACUUUUGAGGCUCUGUCGCCUACACAAGCAGGUUCAAGGACGAUGCCAGUCUCCGGCCCUUCCGGAGCUCGAGAGCAGGCUCUGCAACAGCGAGUCACUGACCUCGAGGAGCUCCUGAAGAGCAAAGACCAGGAGAUCAAGGAACUUCAGGGUGCGUUGUCAAAGGCCGGAAUAAAGCUUCCAUCGACAUCUCUGAAAAAGGCCAAAGCGCGAGAAAAGGUUGGGAGCGGUGGAUUCCGCAAAGUUUCUCAAUCUCAACCCUCGGUGCCUUAUGAAGCCUUGGACCAGGAGGAUCCAAUUGACCUUCGCUUGGAGGAGUUCUACAAUGGGACAGGUUCAGCCAUUCCUUUUCAAAGGAUCAAUCGUGGUUUCUACCGAUUCGGAGAGACGAUUCUGGAGCUCAACAUCAUCAAUCACAAGCUAAUGGCAAAAACAGAAGAUGGCUGGAACCGAAGCAAAUUUGGGCCCAUUGAAAAGUUUCUGAUGUACUAUGAGAACAUUGAGAGGGAAAAGGCAGGAAUCCCUAUGGAAGCUUGAAGUGACAGGGCUGACGCUGACCAGAAGAAAGAAGGGCUCAGGAUCAAACAAACGCAAGCUGAAGAGAU